AUGAAGAUUCCUCUCUCUGUCCUCUUACUGACUGCUCUUAGUGAGCUAGUCUCAGCCCUCAUUGAACACAUUUAUGUGGAGGAUGAAGUGAACUGGUUUGAAGCUCGGGCAUACUGCAGGACGUAUUAUAAUGAUUUAUCCACUUUCAGAAGCGAAGAAGAGUAUUUAAGAUUCUUAAACACAACAGGAUAUCAACGCUAUGGCUGGAUCGGCUUGUACAAGAAAAAGGAUGCAGAGAAAUAUGACCAGUGGAGUGAUGGAAACCCAAUAACAUACACACAACUGGCACAGAAUCAUCCUACUUCAUUCGACCAAUGUGUGUAUCUGUUCUAUGGGACUUGGAUCACUGGGGAUUGCUCCAGUACUAUUGGUCCAUUUUUUUGCUACCAAGUGCCCGAUCUGAUCUUAGUGAAAGAGAAUAAAAGCUGGGAAGAGGCUUUAGACUAUUGCAGAGAAAACUACAUUGAUCUGGCGAGUCUGUCCUCACAGACUGAUUUACUCGCAGCCAAUAACACUGUAAACGGCACCACAGUUAAUGUCUGGACAAGCUUGAGGUUCCUGGCUGGUGUUUGGUUCUGGGUAAAUGGAGAGACUUUGGACAGUGAGCUCCUGAUGUUGUUGCCUUCAUGUCCCAUCUCUACUGAUCACUGCGGGGCUCGAAACUUUGCAGCUGAUCGCUGGGAGUUUAGACAUUGUGAUGAGAAACUCUAUUUCUUCUGCUACACUGAGAAAGAGACCAGUGGCGUCUUACAUACCUAACCAGUAGGUAACGGUAAUGGCUAACAUAGAAGACAAAUGUCAUCAUCGACUCCCCAAAAGAUUCAGAUUAUACUCUUGUUAGAUAUUAACAUCAUUAUUAGGAAGGUGAUUCAUUUAUUUUAAACUAAAUUUCGUAAAGCUUUUCCUCAUCAGCUGUUUUCGCAGAAUUGUUCUUUUCUCCACUGGGUCUCCAGUCAAUCUAUUUAUUGUCAUCCAACAGUUGGUGAUAUGUUCAUGAUGCUGUUAUAAUAUAUUCUGUAAAAAUUCUGGUUCUGUAAAUUAUUCUGUAAUUUUAGAAGUAUGGAGUAGAAAACAUAUUUAGAAUACUCCACAUUAGGCUAAAUUAAUAUUCACUUUAAGUUACAUGAGAUAUAAAUCAUUAAUCUGCUCUUGAAACAUGAUAUAGGCUAUAUAUAUAUAUAUAUAUAUAUAUGUGUGUGUGUGUGUGU